UGCUGUCUCCACUCAGCCUGCUGCCUCCUCCACCCUGGCUGCUGCCUCCUCCACACCAGGUGCAUCAGCAUCUCCUGAUGAGUCUGUGGUAUGUAAAUACCUUGUUAUAUGUGCAUUAAUACUGAUUUAUAUAUGUGACUGGAUUGCUAAUGACACCAUAAGUAAACAGAGCCACAAUUCCCUAAUAUUCAGUUACAUUCUUUUGAACAGGAAAUCAUCUGAUUUUACUGAAUCAACGUAUUUAUAUUUUGCUGAAAAAAAUAAAGGAGCAGUGAAUAUUAGUUUUGUAUUACAAAUAUCAAAAUGAUUCUUAUAAAAUCUGAGAACAGAUUGUUUUGUAAGACAUACACAUAAAACUUAACUUGCAGUUUAUGCUUCUCAACAAAAAGAAAUAUGUAUAUAUGUAUUUGUUAUUUUUUUCCCCACUUAACCGUCCUCGUAAUGUUGCACAUUUUGAUUUUUGAUUUUGUUUUGCUUGUAUUUUUUUCAGGCUUUGGAUAGUGUUGGUCUGCCAGGCAUGGACAGAGUCGACAGCCUAGCAGAGUAUCUGGUGGAGCUUAGGGACCAGCCCUCUCUCGUCCUCACCAACCAGCAGGUGAGCAAUAUAGUUGCUCUUUGGCAGAACCUGCUUGAUUUUGAUAAGCAAAGGGUGGUGUUUGCUGCCAGACACCAGAGCAGGCUGGACACAGGGAGGUUCAGGUCCCCCAAAAAGAGGCAGGAGUUCACUCCAGGGGUGGAAAGUGUGAAGAGGCACGCACUCACCACCACAGCACCACUUGCCCAGUGGCCAGAUUGUUGUCGCCUGAUAGAGACCAUUUUUGUUAAGCUCUGUGCCAUCCAUAAAAGCCCAAAAAAGAAGGGGACAAGCACAGUGUCCAGGUGGGUCCUCAUCUUGGAGGACUACAAGAAAAUCAGGCAGCGCAUUCUGGCCAAUGCUGCUGUUAUGCAGCAGACCACCCUGCAGCUGGUGGAUGUAAGCCACACAACACUGGUUCAGUGGCACAAUAAAAGAGUGAAAAGGCAGGACAGUGCAGUAUUAAUGCAAGGGCUGCAACUGCCUAGCCGCUUGUCUGUGGCGGCUGACCCUCUGCUACCUGCCAAUGUGCGUCCCCCGUCUGCACCCCCCCAACCAGGCCCAGCUCACCAAUACCACCUGCCCAGUAGCACCGUGGGCCAGGCACAAACAAAGAGGAAGAGGAAAGUACUUCCAGCCCCAGCAGUUUUGUCACCGCCAGCUGAGAGACCUCAAACCCAGCGGCAACUCUUUCCUGCUCCACCUCCAGGUGCUCAACUGGUGUGGCUGACGCCAAUGGCCUCUCAGGGACUUACAGGGCCAUUCCUAGUUGCUGCUCCACAGGCGCCUAUGGCCAUCCUCUCUUCUGCCCCUCCUGCUGCCCCAGUACGGAAGCUGACACGUAAAGUACAGCACAACACGUGCAAAAAAUGCGGGCAGUUCAGGACAGCGGAGACUGGGCAUAGCCAAUACAAGGGCAUUAUUUACUGCCCCUCUGUAGAGACUGUGCCAAAGGAGCAGUGGUUGGAGGAUAUAAAAAAAACUAAAUGA